AAUGAUGGAUGACAAAAUAUUGAAAAUAACAACAAACACUUAUCAUUAUCAUUAAGAUUUAUAUUACAGUCUACCUACUAACAAAUGACUCGAUUAUGCUGGAAGUUUGGAAAUUCAUUAUGCUGACAAACCUAGAUUAAGUAAUCUUCAUGACCUUUAAGAUGACUUCUCUAUGUUUUACUAAAGUGUACAUUUGUAUAUUGGCAUCCCAAGCUUUAGGACUUCUAGUUGAUCAUAAAGCAGCUGCCCAAGGUUAUGACUGGGGUGAACCAGAUUAUUCUGCUGAUGCCCUACAGCUGAAUUACAUCUCAGAAGAAAAUGUCCACUGACAAAGUCUCUAAUUCACAAUAAAGUAUAGAUAUCAAGCCUAUGAACCCAGUUGUGUUUUAUGGGGAAAUACUAAGGCUGAAUUGUACUUUACAUGAGGAAAUCAAUGAUGUUUCUGCUUCAGAAAUGUACUUUGAAAUAAGUGGUAUUAACACAACGUGGACCAUCAAAGAAGGUUUAAAAGUUACAUCCAGAUCCAUUGAAGCUGAUAUCAACAUAACUAAAGAAUUUUAUAUAACAACUAAUGUAGACUGCAGAACAACUAAAAAGUCUUUGAGGACUACUUACAUUAAAGCAGAUAAUCCCAUACAGAAUAUCACAGAUUUUAUGGGAACUUAUUAUUACAAAGACAAAAUAGAAGUGACUUGGAACCUAGCAAAUACUUACUGGAGCACACAAGUGAAUACAAAUUGGUAUUUUGGUUCUGCACCUGAGCUAAAUUACAGUUUACCAUGCAGCACUGCAACAGAUACAUCAUGUGCAAUAGCUGACAGAGGGUACAAUGGAGCAUCAAAGCUCUUCUUUAAGAUAACUGUCAAUUUAACCUUAUCAAAUACUGCUAAAAGGGAUACAAGUUUUCUUGUUUUUGAACUACCAUCCAGCGCCACAGCAAUACAUAGCUUUAACGUUGAUGAUCACAUAAAGUCUGGCCCUCCAUCAGACUUAACCAUAACCCAUAAGACAAGCACAUGCUUCAACUUUACCUGGAGAAAUCCUGAGUAUAUUGACCUCUGCAAAAUGUGUCCCAGAUUUUACCAGAUUGAGUUUAAAGAAGAAGACAUGAUGAAAUGGAUGAGAGAAAACUCCACCACCCUGGCACCAUACCCACAAGCAAACUCCUCUAUUGCACUGUGUCACCUGAAACCCUUCACUACAUACACAUUAAGAUUUCAAGUCAAAGGGCAGAUUCAACAGCCAUGGAGUGAUUGGACCUACAUCACUGGAUCUACAAAUGAAGACAGACCUUUGUAUGGCCCUAACUUGACAGAAACCAGUUUUUAUGAGGAGAAAUGUACAGAAUUAAAUGAAAGAAAAGUCUACAUUUAUUGGCAGGAACCAACAGCUAGCUUGCUACAAGGUGUCUUAACUUACUAUGAAGUAGAGAUUAAUAAUGCAACAGAUCUGUUGAGAAAAGGAUCCAACUACUAUAUAGCAGACCUUAACUGUGAAACUGAUUACAAUAUAUCUAUAUAUGCAGCUACUAAAGUUGGCAAAUCUCUACAGCCAUCAUCCAUUUUCAUACCUGCUCGUAGUAAAGAAAUACCAGUGAUAAAAGAUUUGCAGUUCAAAGUAGAGGAAAAAUUUGACAUUCAGCUCUCCAGCAUUGUAAAGAAUAUUUCAGCCACAUGGGACACAAGCAGUGCAGAUCCUUUAGAUGAGUUGGAAUUAUAUUAUUGUGAGGAAUACUAUAUCCCAAAAAUUUGUUAUGAUGAUUACACAACUGUGGUAGUGAAUCUUAGUGUUGGUUUUCUGGAGAUUCAGAAUAUGAAUAUUAAAAAGAACUUGUUUGGCUACGCACUAAAACACCCUGAUAAAAGAUUAGCAGGAAUUCACUGGACUGAUUGUGUUUACCGUGCUGAUGUUGAGCCCAAAGCCCCUUCAGGAUUCCAAGUGAACCCAGGAGAUGUAGGUUCACUGACCUUGACAUGGAGAUCAGAGCCCUGUAGUAAAGACACUAAGACCCUCAUUCUCUACUAUCACAUCAGUAUUUGCUCUAAGCCUGAGUUCAAUGAGGAAUCAUGCACUAAUGUCACACUAAACAGCUCUGCAAGUAACUACACAGCUUAUGACCUCAUAGAGAAGCAUGACUAUACAGUUUACCUGUGGGCUGAAUCUAUAUAUAAACAAGGGCCCAAGCGAAGCAUCACAGCAACAACCAGGCAUAAAGAUGAUGUUUCCGACACAACAGCCACCGUUAUAAUAGCAGUAGUUGUUAGUUUGGGUGUGGCUGCCGGUGUUGCUGCAGCUGUCAUCAUUUAUUGUAUAUGUAGAAAAUCCAAGAAACGUGUAAUGGAGUUUUAUAAACCAGCAUUGACAGCGUCAUCACAGGCUUCACUUACAAAUAAUAACUACCUGGCUGGUACGCCACCAGAGAGCCAAGUGGUUGUGCCUAUAUAUACAGGAAGCCAAGAAGUUUUGGCAACAGAUGCAGGCAAUCUUUAUGAUGAGCCAUUAGAGCCAGAAAACAAAGCAACAGUGGCAGUUAAAUCAGAAACCCAAGGAAUAGAAGCAGUUGAGCCAGAACACCAAGCAAUUAUAGCAAUAGAAUCAGAAAACCAAGGAAUAGGAGCAGUUGAAUCAGAAAACCAAGAAAUUGUAGCAAUAGAAUCAGAAAACCAAGCAACAGUGGUGCCCCCAUGCUCAGAUACAUCAUUGAAACAACCCAAACCCUCAAGUCAUGUCUGUGACCCAGAGGGUGACUCUAACAGUCUAAAUGAUCCUAACAACUCUGAAGGGAUGAACAGGCAAGUAGAAGAAUAUAUAAGAAUGGCUCAUCAUGGUGACACAAAUCUGGCAACAACUGAUCUGCACCUUUCUAGUCCAAGUGAGAUUACUCUCACUUCUGAUAAGUUGAAACAUCCAUUUCGUGAAAUUGAUGUGUUUUACAUCAGAGAGGACAUCAGGCCUAAAAAUGUCAGGGACGCUGGCAGAAAUGUUACCAAGAGAAAUAAUCAUGACUUAACUCAGCUAGGAACUGAGCAAGAAGAAGCAAUAGAUCCUGAGCAGUCAGUUCCAGAAUAUGUUAGUAUAAACUCUACUUCACCUGACAUAGAUGCUUCUUGUAGCAGGAACAAUAGACUACGUCUGAUUUCAGACCAGUUUAGUAAACCUCCAAUAACUGUUCUGCCAGUUUUGGCACAAGAAAUUGAAGAUAGGCCUGUAGUCAAACAGGUACACAGUUUCCCUACAUCAACCAACAAUGUGAAUACAUUGGAUUAUUUACCUGUACCCUCACAGGUACACAGUUCCCCAUCAUCAACCAACAGUUCCCCUACAUCAACCAACAGUUCCCCUUCAUCAUCCAGCAAUGUGAAUACAUUGGAUUAUUUACCUGUACCCACUCAGGUAAUCAGUUCCCCUGCAACCAACAACGUGAAUACAUUGGAUAAUUUACCUGUACCCACUCAGGUAAACAGUUCUCCUACAUCAUCCAACUGUUCCCCUACAUCAUCCAACAACAUGAAUACAUUGGAUUAUUUACCUGUAGCUACACAGCUAAACAGUUCCCCUACAUCAUCCAACUGUUCCCCUACAUCAUCCAACAACAUGAAUACAUUGGAUUAUUUACCUGUAGCUCCACAGGUAAACAGUUCCUCUACAUCAUCCAACAAUAUGAAUACAUUGGAUUAUUUACCUGUCCCCUCACAGGUAAACAGUUCCCCUACAUCAUCCAACAAUAUGAAUACAUUGGAUUAUUUACCUGUACCCACUCAGGUAAACUGUUCCCCUACAUCAACCAACAGUUCCCCUACAUCAUCCAACAGCGUGAAUACAUUGGAUUAUUUACCUGUAUCAACUGCUCUCCUAAACCAACAAAUAGAAUUUAUUACAGAAGAUGACAGCAGUUCAAAUGUUUCUGAUGUUUCAAGCGUGAGGGAUAUAUCUUUUGGCACCAAUACAUCAUAUCUUGAUGAUGAAUCAGUUUUACAGGAUCUUCCCACCAUAUUAAAUGACCCCAGUCAACAUCAAUACAACAGCUCAGGGGGUCUACACAAUGGUGUAAGUGACCCCAGUCAACAUCAAUACAACAGCUCAGGGGGUCUACACAAUGGUGUAAGUGACCCCAGUCAACAUCAAUACAACAGUUCAGGGGGUCUACACAAUGGUGUAAGUGACCCCAAUGACUCUCAAUACAACAGCUCAGACAGUAUGGAAAGUGACUCUCUACACAAUUCUGAAACCACAGAACAUUUGCUGCAUAAUGGUUAUAUUUCUCAUGAAUAUCCCAAUGAAGUUGAAUCCAAAUCACCUGUACCCAUUGCUGAUCUGGAGAAAGGUACAAAUAAACUACACAAUGGAUAUGUGAGUAACACAGUGAGUAACAUGUUUUCAAAUAACAGUUGGGAUCACUUUCAUAACACCCCUGGGGUUUAAGAAAGUUGUUUGAGUUGUUUUAUUGUUGUUGUUUUUUUGGUUGGCUUAUAAAAGAAAUUUAUAAAUUGCUCAUAAGAAAUAUCAAUGGUUGAAAUGUUGCCUAUAUAGUUGUUAAAAGUAUUGUUAUGAAUUGCUCUAAAGAAGUAUCUGCAUAAUGAAGAUCUGGUUAAAAGUUCAGAGGUCAAAGUGCAUCCGUUGUAUUAGUCCAGGAUUGUCCUGUCCAUUAUACAAGAGACGUUCCUGCAUAAUCCAAAACCCAGUGUCUAGUAAACCUCUUAUGGUUGUGAAUGACUAGCUUACUUCCACUUAUGUUUAUGCCAUGUGUCAAAACAGACUUGUGCGUGAUUAAGUCAGUUUAAAAAAAAAAUAAUAAUUUCAUGCAAUACUAAAAAAGUAGUCAUUGAGUCAGUUUUUUGUCAUAUAAAACAGUAUGUGGUUUGUGAUUAAGUCAGUCUUUUUAAAUGUGAUGUAUUACGAUAUAAAUGAUUGCAAUAUAAGUGACUAAUGUUUAAUUUAGUGUUAUUUUACUUUGCAAUUGGUUGUAUCAGUCUUUUUUAUAAUGUCAUUGAUUGCAGUACAUGACAGUGUAUCCAACUAGUGAUUAAGUCAAAUCUUUUUUUUUAUUGUCAUGUUUCUGUAUCAAGUAACUAGUGAAAAAGUCAUAUAUAUAUAUUACAGUAUAAGUUUUCAAUGUCAUGUAUGACUGUCACUGUAAUAUUUUUUUUUAAAUCUCAGCAGUAUUUUGCCAUUCUGUGAUAUUAAGCAUCUUUGUUUUACCAUAAAUGUUCUGGUUGUUUUUAUGUAGAAUGAAUAUAGUUAGUAUAUCAGAUGUUUUAUUUGACUAUUUUAACUACUUUCAUUUUUUUACUAGCUUUAAGUUUGAAAUUAUGAUUGUAAUUUUAUUUUGUAUUAUUAACCAAACAUACUUUAAUAAAUGAAUGUGAGUUUACUUACAUUUACUUGUUUGACAAAUGAUUUUUAAAUACAGUUAUUUGUUUACUUAUUUUACCUUAAAAAGGUGAUUGGUUUAUUUUUUUAAUCAUUGAUGACUUUUACUAAUCAUUUUCUGUAAAUUUGUAUUUAUUAGAAGAAGUAGGUAAAAUUAUAUUUGAAAUGGUUAGUUAGUUCACCAGUUAUAAAGAAACAUUUGUGUAAUAUUAUGUUUAUUUCAAACAUGCCUGUGUGGAACUUGUGAACUACUGUAACUCAACUAUGCUUCUAUGCAAUUUUAAUUUUUUAAAAAUUCAAGACUCAUGUGGAGGACAACUCUAAUAUUUCUUGCUAUCUAGACAGUUAAAAGCAACUCAGUUAAUUUGUAUUUUAUUCAAAAUUAAAUUAUUUCAGGGUCAACUUUACAUGGUUUUGCCAAAAGCCUUUGUCAACAUUUCAUAUGAUGAUAUAAGCUAGAUUCUAACUUAUAUCACAGUCACUUUACAUGGUUUUGCCCUUAAGUUCUGUUUAGUAUAAUCACAAAUCAAAUCUAAUCAAAGUGUAUAAUGUGAUUUUUUUUUUAACACUAAUAUGAUAACAAAUUAAAUCUAAUCAAAGUGUAAAAUAUGAUUUUUUUACACUGCAUUUUACUUCUUUUAUUUUUAAGCAUAUUACUUUUUUUUUAAAUGUGUAAUUCUGCAUUUUUUGGUUUAAGUUUUGAAGAGAAAAUUUUUUUUGUGACUUCUCUAUAAGUUUUUUGUGUGACAAAGCUGUUAAAACUAUGCAAUAUAAACUGUUCUGUUGAUAACCUUGUUCUUAAUCAAAACAGACACAAACUCUUCCAGGUUUAGCCUUGUUGUUAAUCAAAAUUAAUGUUUCCACGUUACUUUGAUGAAGGUAGACAUAUAUAUGAGCAAAUUCAACAGUACGGUAACCUACAGGGCCAGCGCUACCUAUAAAGCGCUGGCCGUAGGGGGAUGCCAAAAUAAUGGGUUGGAAAAGCAAAUUGAAAGUUUGAGGGGGGGGGGGGGGUGCAAAUAGAAAGUUUGCGUUUUUAAUAAGUUUUGCCUAGGGCGCUAAAUAACCUGGCGCCGGCACUGGUAACCUAUAUUAUACAGGCAAAACAUGCCUAACUCUGUUUUCUAUUACCUCCUUACAUUUAAAAAUCUCAUAACCUAAUCCUGUAUAUAAUGUAUGUAAAACUAAACCACCCGAUCUGUACGAAUAUCUUAACCCAGAUCAUCUGUAUGUGUAUGCAAACAUAUUCUUAGAGUUUUAAUUGCAAUGAACCAUUGACAUGUCCAUUGUUUUUUUGUGUAAAGCCAUGUUGAUUUUCUCUAGCCAACUUGUAUUAACACUGGUACUUCCAUACUUCUUAAUCAAAAUAACCCCCCUAAAAGCUUUAAUAUACACAUUUUUAUUCAGUGUAUUGUAUCAUACUUUUUGUUUUUUAAUAUAGAUUCUAGCUAGCUGAUAUAUUUUAACCAUAGUCAAAUAUUACUUUGUACCUUGUAAGCUUGUAUUUUGGAAAAUCAUUCUGAUGAGAAUAGAAAGCAUGCAAUUUUGAUUUGUUUCUAAAAUGGAAAGUGUUGAGUACACUUCCAAGUAUUUAAUUCUUGUCAAAAAUAAUUGUCUCUGCUAAUUUUACUGCUGAGGUCAUAUUUUACUCUUGAUUUUAUUAUUGUUUAUAACAAAGGAAUAUAAAGUCAUUGUUGAAA